UCUAUUUCGAGAGACAGAGACACAGAGAGAGAAAGUUAGACAAAACACGUCCCUUGCCGUUUCCUCUGUGUUUGAUUUGAUUUGAUUUUGAUGAUGGCAGCUCCGGAGGAUGAAUCUUCCGCUCAGUCUCAAUCAUCUUCCGCCACUGCGGCUCCCACUCCUCCUCUUCCUCCUUCCUCCUCCGCUGGUGAUCAUUACCUCGCUAAGUGCGUCCUCCCUCCCAGCGUCGUCCUCCAGGUUGCUUAUGGCUACUUCCGCUCCCCUUCCUCCCGCGACGUCGUUUUCGGAAAGGAGACCUGUCUAGAGCUGGUGGUUAUAGGUGAAGAUGGGAUUGUUGAAUCAGUGUGUGAGCAGAAUGUAUUUGGAACUAUUAAGGAUUUGGCUGUUAUACCUCGGAGUAAGAUGGGAAAAGACCUUUUGGCUGUUCUUUCUGAUUCUGGAAAGCUCUCCUUUCUCUCAUUUAGCAAUGAAAUGCACAGGUUCUCUCCUAUACAACAUGUUCAACUUUCUAGUCCAGGGAACUCGAGGACUCAACUUGGAAGAAUGCUCACUGUAGAUUCUAGUGGUCUCUUUCUUGCUGUCAGUGCAUACCAUGAUCGCUUUGCUCUAUUUUCCCUCUCCACAUCGUCUAUGGCUGAUAUUAUUCAUGAGAGGAUUUUUUAUCCUUCUGAGGACGGUGGGAAGAGUAACUCUAUAGAAGAAUUAUCUGGUACUAUUUGGAGCAUGUGUUUCAUUUCUAAAGGUUUUACUGAAUCCAAGGGUUAUGAUCCUGUUCUUGCCAUUGUUUUAAAUAGGAAAGGAUCUCUCCUGAAUGAGUUGGUUUUAUUUGGAUGGAACAUCAAAGAAGAAUCCAUAUGUUUAAUAUCAGAGUAUGUCGAAGCUGGGGCUCUGGCACAUAGUAUUGUUGAAGUUCCUCACUCCUCUGGAUUUGCCUUCCUGUUUAGAAUUGGUGAUGCGCUCUUAAUGGAUCUUAGAGAUCCUCAAAACCCUUGCUGUUUGGUUAGGACAUCCUUAGAUCUUGUUCCUGCUUCAUUAGUGGAAGAACAUUUUGUUGAAGAGUCGUGUAGAGUACAAGACGGAGACGAUGAGGGUCUUUCUAAUGUUGCUGCAUCUGCUUUGUUAAAGCUUAGCGAUUGGGAUCCCAUGUUCAUAGAUACUGAAAGCGACACUGGAAAGUUGAGUUCUAAGCAUGUCUCUUCAUGGACUUGGGAGCCGGAUCAUAACUAUAAUCCCCGGAUGAUUGUUUGCUUAGAUGACGGUGAAUUUUUCGUGUUUGAACUCGUAUAUGAAGAUGACGGUGUUAAGAUUAAUAUAUCAGAGUGUUUAUACAAAGGUUUACCAUGCAAAGAAAUUUUAUGGGUGGAAGGUGGAUUCUUGGCCACGUUUGCCGAAAUGGCGGAUGGAACGGUUUUCAAAUUGGGAAAAGAGAAGCUACAUUGGAUGAGUUCCAUUCAAAACAUUGCUCCGAUCUUGGAUUUCUCGGUUGUGGAUGACCAGAAUGAGAAACGAGACCAAAUGUUUGCUUGCUGUGGUGUAACUCCUGAAGGCUCUUUAAGAAUCAUUCGUAGUGGCGUUAAUGUAGAAAAACUUCUGAAAACCGCUCCUGUUUAUCAAGGAAUAACUGGUACCUGGACUGUUAAAAUAAAGCUUCAUGAUGUGUACCAUUCGUUUCUUGUUCUGUCUUUUGUUGAGGAGACCAGGGUUUUAUCUGUGGGAUUAAGUUUUAAAGAUGUCACUGACUCAGUUGGUUUCCAGCCUGAUGUCUGCACCUUGGCAUGUGGGCUUGUUGCCGAUGGUUUAUUGGUACAGAUUCACCAAGAUGCAGUAAGGCUAUGCAUGCCCAACAUGGAUUCUCAGUCUGAUGGUAUUCCGGUUUCUUCACCAUUUGUCUCCUCUUGGUUUCCAGGAAACGUCAGUAUCAGCUUGGGGGCAGUUGCUGAAAAUCUAAUAGUUGUGUCUACGUCUAACCCCUGUUUCCUGUAUGUUCUUGGGGUCAAAUCAGUAUCAUCUCACUGCUGCGAAAUCUACGAAAUUCAACGGGUGGAGUUGCAGUUCGAGGUUUCCUGCAUCUCAAUUCCUCAAAAAUCUAUUGGGAAGAAGAGAUCCCGCGCUUCUGCCCUGGAUAGUAGCUGCAAAGCUGCGAUCCCUUCUGGUAUGGAGCGAGGCUAUACGUUUUUGAUUGGCACACAUAAGCCUUCUGUUGAGGUCCUCUCCUUCUCAGAAGAUGGUGGUGGUCUUAGAGUCCUUGCCUCUGGGAUGGUAUCGCUAACAAAUACAAUGGGAACUGCUAUUCGUGGAUGUAUCCCUCAGGAUGUAAGACUCGUGUUAGUUGAUCAAAUCUAUGUUCUUUCCGGGUUAAGAAAUGGGAUGCUGCUUCGUUUUGAGUGGCCUCCCUUCUCACAUUCAUCCGGGUUGAGUAGUCAAUGUAAAGAAGAGAUGGACAUUGUUGUGGGUGAAAGAGACAAUUCACUACCCAUCAACCUUGUGUUAAUUGCCACCCGACGUAUCGGCAUCACACCUGUUUUUCUGGUUCCGUUCAGUGAUUCACUAGAUUCAGAUAUCAUAGCUCUUAGUGACAGGCCAUGGUUGUUACACACAGCUCGACAAAGCCUUUCCUACACUUCCAUCUCUUUCCAACCUUCUACUCAUGCAACUCCUGUAUGCUCAUCUGAAUGCCCUCAAGGAAUUCUUUUUGUUGCAGAGAACUGUUUACACCUGGUGGAGAUGGUGCACAGCAAACGGCUUAAUGCGCAAAAGUUUCACCUUGGAGGCACUCCGAGAAAGGUUAUCUACCAUAGUGAAAGCAAACUGUUGAUUGUGAUGAGAAUUGAUUUGUGUGAUUCGGGUACGUCUGAUAUAUGCUGCGUGGAUCCGCUCAGUGGAUCAGUGUUGUCAUCCUACAAGCUCAAACCCGGAGAAACUGGAAAGUCGAUGGAGCUUGUACGUGUGGGAAAUGAGCAAGUCCUUGUGGUUGGGACGAGUUUGUCAUCUGGUCCUGCUAUACUACCUAGUGGUGAAGCUGAAAGUACAAAAGGACGAAUACUCAUUCUCUGCUUUGUACACACUCAAAACUCGGAUAGUGGUUCAAUGACAAUCUGUUCAAAAGAUGGUUCAUCUUCCCAACGUACAUCACCUUUUCGUGAUGAACAACUAUCAAGCAGUAGUAUCUGCAGCAGUCCAGAUGAUAACAGCGAUGAUGAUAUCAAACUUGACGAAGCUGAAACAUGGCAUUUGAAAUUAGCAUGUGCAACCACUUGGCCGGGUAUGGUACUUGCGAUCUGUCCGUACCUUGAUCAUUUCUUCCUGGCGUCUGCUGGCAAUGCCUUUUAUGUAUGUGGUUUCCCGAACGAGACUCCUGAUAAGAUGAAGAGGUUUGCGGUGGGAAGGACUCGUUUCAUGAUAACAUCUCUGCGCACAUACUUGACUAGAAUUGUCGUUGGAGAUUGCCGUGAUGGUGUUCUGUUUUAUUCUUAUCAUGAGGAUGUGAAGAAACUUCACCAAGUAUUUUGUGAUCCAGCGCAGCGGUUAGUUGGUGAUUGCUUUCUAAUGGAUGCCAAUUCUGUUGCAGUAUCUGAUCGCCAGGGGAGUAUAGCUAUCCUGUCUUGCAAAGACCAUUCAGACUUUGAGUAUUCAAGUCCGGAGUCCAACCUGAAUCUAAACUGUGCUUAUCACAUGGGUGAGGUUGCCAUGGCUAUCAAAAAGGGUGGCAACAUUUACAAACUUCCAGCUGAUGAUGUGCUGCGAAGUUAUGGUCUUAAUAAAAGCAUUGACGCAGCUGAUGACACUAUCAUAGCUGGCACACUCUUGGGAAGUAUAUUCGUCUUUGCUCCUAUUUCAAGGGAGGAAUAUGAGCUCCUAGAAGCCGUCCAAGCAAAGCUUGUGGUCCAUCCGUUGACUGCUCCUGUUCUUGGUAAUGAUCACAAGGAGUUCCGAGGUCGAGAGAUUCCGUCCCAAGCGACAAAGAUUUUGGAUGGUGACAUGCUUGCUCAGUUCUUGGAGCUUACAAAUAGACAGCAGGAGUCAGUUUUAUCGACGACGCCUCUGCCCUUACCAAGCACAAUAAAAGCAAGUUCAAAACAAUCUCCUUCUCCGCCUCUCAUGCUACACCAAGUUGUACAAUUGCUAGAGCGUGUCCAUUACGCUCUGCACUAGGUCAUCCUCUUCUCACCCCUCCCCCUUUCUUCUGUAAGCUUGCUACUUAAAGGCCAGCAUUUGACACGACUGACGGUUUCAGUUAUUCGAUAUGGUGAGUCCAACAAAUUCUUAGUAGCUGGAAACUGAGUUGGAAAAAAAUUCUCCAUAGUCUUAGGAGCUGCUGCCUUGUGUUCUUGUGGGCAAUGAGUCUUAACGACUAGUCCCUGAGACAUGGAUCAUACUUGCUUUCCUAUGUACAGAAGUUGACAUGUGGGUUUUAAUGCAUAGGACUUGGUAUCGCUGUGUAUAUACAUAAAACCCAAAUAUAUUUUUCAUUGCUCUAGUAUACAA